AUGGCUUCGCAACGGAUCUUGUUCACCGCGUCCCGGCUCCAGACAUUGACCUACUUGCUCGCCGUCUGCCCAUUCUCCAUCGCGUUUCUGGUGUUCAUCAAUUCAUCAAUUUCAUUUGUGGUAACUGACCUAAUUGGACUCCAUAAUGGCGAAGGCGAUGUGGUUGGGACCUUGGGCUUUGCCGAUGAGCUGCUCGCACUAGCAGCAUGCCCGAUAUGGGGUGUUCUGUCCGAUCGUAUCGGUGUCCGCCAUGUGUGCGUCGCUGGAUAUGCAAUCGUAGCUCUCGCGUUGGUUGUGUUUGUCCAGGCAAAGAACAUUUACCCACAGCUACUUCUAGGCAGGCUACUGUUUAGCGUCGGAGGCUCUGCGGUCUCGACAAUGGUUACUGCCGUCCUACCAGUCGUCACUGGUAGUACUAGCAGGACGCAGGAGUACCAGAGAUCGCUGUCUUCUGAUUCAACACUUACACCUGACCAGCCAACGAGCCUCGAUGUUACAAGACGACCGAAUGAAUCGAGGGCCGUCACAGGCUCGCCAUCUUCUCGACUGGCAGGUUUUGUGGGUACCUGCGCUGGAUGCGGUGCCCUCGUGUCUCUGGUCCUCUUUCUUCCUCUCCCAGAACGCUUUCAGAAAUCAGGUCUGUCUCCACCUGAGGCCAUACGAAGUAGCUACUACGCCGUCGCCGCUGUAGCCGUUUCAAUCAGCAUUUGUUGUCUUUUUGGCUUGAAGAACUUGUCCGGAGAAGAGGAAAAGGGAUGGAAAUCAUUUUUGUCGGCUUUCCGACAUCAAUCGCCCGAGGCUGGACAGCAGGGAUACCAAAACGAUACUCUCUCUCCACUAUCUUACUGGAGACAACUGAGCACUGCAGUUGCUUUAGGCUUUCAAGACCAAGAAAUACUCCUGGGUUAUGUCGGCGGCUUCGUCGCACGGGCUUCGUCAGUGGGGAUAUCGCUCUUCAUUCCCCUCUUUGUCAAUCACUAUUACCGAGCGGCAGGUCUUUGCAAUAGCCGUCCUUCCAAGGAGAUCUCCGCAUCUGACAUGGGCGACAUCAAGAAGUCGUGCUCAGAGGCCUAUAUAUUGGCGUCGAUCUUGACCGGAGUUUCGCAGCUAGUCGCAUUGAUGGCUGCUCCCGCAUUUGGCUUCCUAUCCGAGAAGUCACGGCGUUAUCAUUUGCCCCUUCUCUCUUCCGCGUUGUCAGGUAUUGUUGGUUACUUGGCAUUUGCAUUGAUGCCCAGUCCUCAAUUCAAAGGUGAUGACGGCAACGCGGGAGUGUUCGUCUUGAUGGCUUUGAUCGGUAUCAGCCAGAUUGGGGCUAUUGUUUGCAGCUUGGCUGUCUUGAGUAAUGGGAUUCUGAGAAUCAGUGCUGGAGAAAAGGUCCCCGGACAGGACUAUGAGCAGGAACGCGACCAACAGCCAGUCGACGAGGCGGACAGAGACCCCAAUGAGGUUCAGCCCUUGCUGGUAGGAUCUGGGGAACAAAAUGGUCAACAGCAAUAUUCUCAACUCAAAGGGUCGAUUGCUGGCGUGUAUUCACUUUACGGUGGAGCUGGUAUCCUUUUGCUCACCAAGCUUGGUGGGUAUCUCUUUGAUACUCUGGACUCGGGGUCUCCGUUCUAUCUCAUGGCUGCAUUCAACGCCGUCCUAUUCGUGGCGGGGAUAAUUUGUGGUUUGGUCAACAAGGCGAGGUCGACCCAAGGUCAAGUGGCUCCUUGA